AUGUUCAGUCACAACCACCACCUUAUUCGACAGACCACCCAAUAUUACCUUCCGGUCAUACACUUUUGUCCGACUGUCCGUCAUUUUCCCAUUGACACAUACUUUCUGACUUGCUGCCUUGGCUUGGGCUACCUUAUGGAAUACGAAUACCUACGGAUACAUCUCGCAUUUUCAAGAUUGAACGCCCUUUGGCCAAGGGCAGAGAGAUCAACGCCCAGAAUUAAGAGUCUUGCCUGUCAACCAUACAUUGUCGUCACUCGGAGCAACCAAUUAAUCGAUCUGGAGUCGGACUGUGUCAAUCAUUCCGCCCAAUUCCAACCCACGCACCACUGCCAAUCACACGUCCAACAACACCCACCCACCCACCAUCUCUCUUCUCAAUCUCAUCUGAUCGAGCGCAAGGGGCGGACAAAAACACGGCCCCCUUCUCUUGAUCUCCUCGCCUCGGUCGAUCAACGCGAGAAUCGAGACAAGACGAGACAAUCCGCAAGAAAACCAGAGACGCUAUCCCGAACGCGCUCCGCUUCACCCUGUCUGCAGCUGCAGCCACCGCUGCCCGCAUCAACGUACUCGUACCAAGACGCCAGAUCCAUACCUUUUUUGCUUUCCUUCACACUACAUGCAGUACGCCGCCAGUACCUGACAGCUACCUCGCGACCGCUGCUGGUCAUCCUGCAUGAACACAGACGCCGGCCUCGCUGGUUCUGGACACCGGACGCUCCAGAGUCUCCCUGGCUCUAUCCACCACUCGCAGUUGGUCGCCCGCGCCUUUCCUCGCUUGUCGACCUUACCGACUCCGUGUACCUGCGCCAACGUCUGCUGGUCACGUUCUCGUUCUCGCCGCCGGUGUUCAGUACUAGCGAAAAGACGCGACCCUUUCCGGGCCUUUCUCUACACCCGACCCAGAGUGAGAUCCUAUCCCUUUCCUCGCCAAUCCGCCGACACUCGUGGGCCGUGGUGCAGCCCGGAUCCCGAUCGACGCACGUCACCGUCGCAGUCGCAGUUGCAGCUGCCACCCGGACCCUCUUCUCAUCCCAUCUCACCACCCGUCGGGUUGUUUCCUUUCUACCUGCUGCCCACCACACGCACGCCGCCCCGACCGCCCGCCUACCGCAGCAGUCAGUCCAGCAACUGUUCCGUGCCCUCUCCUGGAUCCUGAGGCCGGUUCCGUGUCGUCCUGCGCUCGCGUGGUCUGCUGGUCUGGUUCGGGCACUUUGGUCUGGUCUGGCGUGGUCCGUCGACUACCCGUAA